AUGGCCACUAAUAAAUGGAAAUACGUUUUCAAGAUCUUUGAUGAGACAAUAAGUUAUGCAGCUUCACAAAAAGCCCAAUAUUCACCUUACUCUCUUGAUGAGUAUCUAAAGGGCGUUCAAUGCUUUAUUGGUUGCUUUAUGCUUGAAAUAGUUGGUAAUAAAGAAUUAACGGAAUAUGAGAAAAAAUGUUGUCUCGCAAUUUUUGAAGUAUUAGAAAAAGAACGUACUGAGUCAGGUCACAUUUCAAUAUUUGAUAGUUAUGAAUUAACUAAAGAUGAGAAAGUAAUGUGUCAGCAACUUUUUGUCAAAUUCUUGCGACCACCGCUUAAUACUCAUCAAAUCUUUUCCGAAAUAAGAACAUCAUCAAUAGUCACUGCAUCAAAGUCAAUUCCAGAAGAUGUCGUUAAUAAAUAUCUAUCUUUAUUAUCUGAACAUGAUGAAUUAACUGAAAAUGAAAAACAAAAGCUCUAUUUUGCUUUUCUUAGUGGUCAUGAAUUAGAUAAAGAAGAAAAAAAUUUAAAAAAAUUAUUCGGAUCGUGGUCCUCUGGGAAUAAUGAUAUUGACAAUUUCAUACAAGAAUGCCAAUUGUCAUGUGCAACUUCGGAGAGGGUGGUCGAAUGGAUUCCUCACUCUGAACUUGUGAACAUCAAGUAUAUAUGCAAUGGUAGUUUUGGAGAAGUAUAUAAAGCAACUUGGAAUAAUGGGACAAUUAGGAAUUGGAAUAGUAAUAAAGGAGAGUUUAUACGUCAUGAAAAACAAGAUGUAGCACUAAAAAUUUUGGUUAAACGGGAUAAAGGGUUUUUCAGUGCUUUUUUUAAAGAGGUAAAAAACUAUGCUAAAAUUCAGUCAGAUAAUAUCGUUCCACUUUAUGGUGUAACCCAGUUUCCUGACACCGGCUAUUAUGCAAUGGUCCUAGGAUAUUGUGAAGGAGGAAAUUUGCAGGAUUAUUUGAAAGUUAAUCAUUCCUCAGAUACUUUAAAAGAUAAAUUAAGGCAGAUUCGUUCAUUAUGUAUAUCAUUGCAACAUAUACAUAAAAAAAAUUUGGUUCAUAAAGAUCUUCAUGAUCACAAUGUGUUGGUUGAAAAUGAAAAGCAUUUUUUUCGAAUUACAGACCUUGGCCUGUCAGGAUCAAUUAGUGAUCAAGAACAAGGCGUUUAUGGGAUUUGGCAAUUUAUUGCACCAGAAGUAUAUUACCAUAAAGAAUAUAGUAUGAAAUCGGAUAUAUAUAGUUUAGGAAUGUUAUUGUGGGAAAUUUUUGCAGGCUGUCGUCCAUUUUCUAAUGUGUCUUGUGACGAGAUUUCAUCUAUAUUGAUUUCAAAUGAUAGACCAAAGAUGCCUUCAGGAUUACCAAAAACCAUUCAAGAAAUGAUUCAACGUUGUUGGGAUCAUGAAGCCUCUAAACGUCCUAGCAUCGAUGAA